GUCGAGUCGUUUCGCCAUCAGCAGCAGCAGCAGGCUUUACUCACCCCUUUAUCUCAUCACCUUCAUUACCUCAGACAGGGCGUGAAGUCCACUGCAAACCUCCCCAAACACUGGAUCUGUUUGCGGGGGCAGAUGGGUUGUGCUGGGUGAAACAACAGACGCAGUAACAUUAGACCCUGUGUUGCAGUAACCGUGACAAUAGAGAUUCCAGCAGUAUCAGCCAUUGCAGUAACACAGUUGCAGCUAAUAAUGGGGCUAUCCAGAGCAAUACUGUCGCCGCUUGAGGUCGUCACGCACUUCAUUGAGAGAUUUCUCUUCAUCUUGGUGGAAAGGUACGACACCUACGUCUACACUCCCCUCCAAACUACGCUGUCACCCGCAGUGGAACGUGUACCACGGUCCGUGCAGGUCAAAGGUCAAGAUUACGUUGUCUUCUCAGCUAACAUCGUGUCAUGGGCAAGAACCUUUCUAGUCAUCCCCAUCGCCGCCUGUCUUAAGUAUGACUGCUGCUGGACAGCGUUUCUGCUGGUCCUUCUCCACGACUUCCUUGACCAUCUGGACGGCAUUGUGGCCAAAGUCCAGAAAAGGACACUGGGACAGGUGGAUGACCCUCUACUGGGAGGCUUCAUGGACGCUUUCUGUGACAAGAUUGUAAACGUUCUGGCACUAUGGUCCAUCACCAUGGUGACAGAUUUCUCUGGAAUGACGUGGAUGCAGAUGGUGCUGUAUCUCGUGCCGUGUGUCAUCAUCAUGGCAUACGAGUUCAUCCUGGGUGUGGUGCGCGUGCAAGACUACUUCCGGGCAUACUAUCUGAGGGAGUUCAAGAAGAGCGAUGACAUCCCGUGUUCCACCACAGCGGCUGUCAUGGAGGGGAAGUUGAAGGAGAAGUUGGAAUCAAUGGGCAUCGCCUUCUUGUGUUUGGCCCAGUCUUCAGUAUCAGGGGUCUGCACCAUAUCCGGGAUCACGGGCUUGGUGUGCUUGACCCUUUCUAUCAGGCUAGCCCAUGCCAGUCUGACGUCCAAGUUGAAGGCGCGACAGACGGACGCACCACGAUCUGAUGUGCUGAUGAAGGAUGAAGAAGACGAGCUGGAGAAGGAGAAAGGACAAGAUAAGGAAAAUGGUCGAAGGUCAACUGGAACUCAAGUUCAACCAAUCGAAGAAGAUCUAAAGGUGGAGCACAUCAAUAUGGAAAAUAAUGAGUUGUACGAGAAGAGGACGAUCCUACAGGACUCGCUGCCAAUAACUCACCUGGACUCCAGGGUGGACAGGGUGUACACCGUCGGCUGCUUCGACCUCUUCCAUCACGGCCAUGUGAAACUGAUGCAGAGGAUGAGGAAGCUUGGCAAACAGGUCGUUGUCGGAGUGCAUGACAGUCGAAGUAUCUGUACACUGAAGAAACGGGUUCCCAUUGACAGCACCCACACCAGGAUGAUGAAUGUCAAGCAAUAUGCUGACGUGGUCUUCUGUGUUGCUGGCACCGAUCCAACCCCGUACAUCCGGGCAAUCUUCGACAACAAAACCGAGAGCGCCCUCUACGUGCGAGGUGACGACAUGCAGAACUUCCCUGCUCGUGAACUGUGUGAGAAACUGAUGACCAUCAAGUUCCUGCCAUACACAGAAGGCGUGUCCAGCACCAAGCUCAGGAAGGAAUAUUGCAACUCUUCACAGUGGGACUCCAGAUUCGAUGAUCUCAACCUCUUCUACUGAUCUGAUAUUUAGAGGGCCUCCUCUUCUUGCCAGCAAAUAAUAUUUUUGUAAUAUACACUUGUUACAUUUCCCUCACAUUUCAUUGUAUAGUUCUGUAACAUUUGAACAUUUCAAAACAUAAUUUGAAUUGUAUUGGUUGUUUUAAAGUAACAUUUUAAAAUUUUAAAAAAUGUUCUUUAUUUUC